AAACAUAACCCGAUUUAUUAUUUCUAUGAAUCAGUGCCAUUAAAUUCAGAUGGCAAGCCAGGAAAUUCUGGUGAUAAGCACUUUAAGUGCUACCAUGGUAACUGCAAGGUCUUGACAAUUAUGCAGACAAUGAAGGGAAGCCUAAAUGGGCUUAUCGGGCAUUUGAAGACAUGUUCUGCUCCGAUGUAUUAUAUGUUUCUGGCAUUGCAAGCCUGUUUGGAUGCUACACCCAAUGCUGUCAUUCUCGAGGAUGAGAUCAACAUUGUGAAUGGCUCCAAGACAUUAGACCCGCAGGUGGCUGAUGUGUAUCUUAAACAGAUGGAAUCUGAGUCCAAGAAUAUCAUUCACACAUUCAGAAAGCAAUCUGUUGAUGCAAAGGGUGAAUGGGAUCAGCAGAAAUUUGAAACACUGCUUGCUGAGUGGAUCAUUGCAUGUGACCAGCUAUUUGAAGAGGUUGAUAGGGAGGAAUUCUGUAAUCUGCUU